UUCUUGGGUUCGGCUGGUUUUGGCUUGACUUCUAUUGGUUUUGGUACAUCAUCACGAGGGCGUUUUGGAGACGACGAAGAUGGAGUUGAUACGGAUUGA